AUGAAUGCCACUAAUUUUGAGAAAUGGAUGCAGGAAAUGCUGAUACCUAACAUUCCGCCGAAUACGGUGAUCGUAAUGGACAAUGCCCCAUAUCACUCAGUCCAAUUAAACAAGCCACCCUCAACACAAGCAAAAAAAAAAGAUAUGGUGGAUUGGCUAACAACCAAUGGCAUUCCCUGCUCUGAAAAUAUGAGAAAAUUUGAGUUGCUGGAGUUAAUAGAUAGGAAUCGACCACCGAAAACGUUUAAAAUAGAUCAAAUAGUUCAACUAUCUGGACACACAAUAUUACGAUUACCCCCGUAUAUGUGUGAUCUGAAUCCGAUCGAGUUAGUGUGGGCUGAAAUGAAACACAAAAUUAGACAACGAAACAUAUCUACACUAACGUAUGCAGAAUUACAAACAGCAAUCACAGAGAUCAUUCCAGAAAUUUCACCCACAUCAUGGGAAAACUAUUGCAAGCAUACGGAAAAUAUAGAACAACGAUACUGGCAGCGAGAUAGUGUAUUAGAAACAUUGAUGGACAAUUUGUCUUUAAAUGGAAACAGCGAUACAGAAACAGCAGAGGAAAAUUCAGACAGUUCUUUCUCGGAUGAUUGA